UAUAGCCCAUAGAACUAAAACUGGAUCUAGUCUAAAUCUAACAACUAAAACAGCACAAGUUCUUAACAUCACAUCUGCUUUUGAUUUAGAUCUAGAUCUAGGUCUAGAUCUAGAAGCUACGGCUUUGAGACAAGUCUGGAGUCUAGAAACACACUUCAAGACAAUACACAAAAUACACUGUCAUCUUACUUUUUUUAGGCCAGAGCAGUAGAGCAGCAUGUAGGAUGUCAGUUUUGGUGUUGUUGGUAGCCAAGCAUGUUGUAGUACAGUUAGAUUAAAACUUUAAAAUGGCAAUGGCAGGUUCUGCCAAGACAAUUCCAUUUCUAAAAUUUGCUGAUGAUGAUGAUGUAUUUCCUAAUGCUGAAAGUUUGCUGACUGAAGCUAAUGUAGAUGAACAGCAGCCACAUAUAAAAUUAGAUUCUGGUUUUGGUAGCUACCUCCUUCAGGCUGGUGGGGCUUUUCUAUCUCCAUCAUCUCGCAGGAACUCAAAUCACUCAGCUAGGUCAAUCAUGGAGGAAGAAGACGAAGUUCUAGUGUUUGUUGACAGCCCCAACAAAAAGUUGUAUUGUCGACUUUGUGAUUCAGUGUUUAAGGAUCCAGUUAUAGUAAGCUGUGGGCACACUUAUUGCAAAUCUUGUGUUCAAGCUAAGUCAGAUGGCGUGUGCCCAGUAGAUGAACAGCGACUGGUUGUGAUGGUGGCUAACAUUGCAGUGUCAGAACAAAUUGGGGAGCUGAUGAUCCACUGCAAGUAUGGCUGCUGCUACGACCAGGCCCUGAAGAAAUACAUUGCAGAUCCUACAAGAUGCCCUAUGAAAUUGAGAAUGAGUCAACGAAAGGACCAUGAAAGUGAUUGUGAUUUUAUGCCGGUGGAAUGUCCAAACAACGCAGGGUGUCCCCAGCUGCUUAAGAAAGACCUGGAUGACCAUUUAAGGUCUUGUAAUCACGUCAACUGCCCAUACAAGAAAUAUAGUUGCGAUUUCAUUGGCACACAAGAGGAAAUGGAAGAGCACUUGAAAUCUUGUAGAUUUGAAGGAAUGAAAGAUUUUAUUCAUCGAAUCGAUGAGAAAGUCGCUGACUUACAAAUGCAUUUAAAUCAAAAAGACCAGGAGAUUGAGUUUCUGAGAUCCAUGCUUGGUCGCCUCUCGGAGAGACUGGAAAACAUGGAGAAGAAUGUUGAGAUGAGAUUCUGCAGUUUCUCAGAGCUGGUAGAUCGAAAUCAGAACAAAAUAUUUGAUGAGAUUUUGGACAACAGAAAAGAUAUUUCAGCCCUUUCAGAAGAAAUGUCCCAAAUUAGCAUGAGGAUAAACCUGGGUGCCACAGCUGGAGCUUAUGAUCCCAUCUCAAUGUUCAAAUGCAAAGGAACAUUUGUUGGUCAUCUGGGUCCAGUCUGGUGCCUGUGUACAAUGGGAGAUUAUCUGUUUAGUGGAUCCACAGACAAGACAAUCAAGGUGUGGGACACAAGCUCCAGCUAUAAGUGUGUCAAAACUAUGGAAGGCCAUACUGGCAUUGUUUUAGCAUUGUGUACUUAUGGGAAUAAGCUGUUCAGUGGCUCACAAGACUGCAACAUUAUUGUUUGGAAUGUGGACACAUAUGAGAGCUCCCAUAUCAUCAAAUCCAACGACAACCCAGUAUGCACACUUGUGGCUGCCAGCAACAUGCUCUUUAGUGGAUCUCUCAAGGUCAUCAGGGUAUAUGAUGUACAUACCUACGAGUUAAAGAAAGAGUUGACAGGCUUAAAUCAUUGGGUGAGGGCACUGGCUGCAACCAAUGAAUAUCUCCUGAGUGGCUCCUACCAGACUGUUAAGGUUUGGAACAUCAACAAACUAGAGUGUGUGCGUGAUCUGGAGACAUCUGGGGGUAGUGUGUACAGCAUUGCCAUCACCAACCAUCAUAUACUGUGUGGCACUUACGAGAAUUGUAUUCAUGUUUGGGAGCUCAACACUUUCAAUCAGCUGGAAACUCUAAUGGGCCACAAUGGGACAGUCUAUGCCCUGGCUGUUCUACACACUGCCUCUGGCACUAAGGUCUUCAGUGCUUCCUACGACAGAUCACUACGGGUGUGGAGCAUGGACAACAUGAUCUGCACACAGACGCUAGUCCGGCACCAGGGCAGUGUGGCGUGUCUCGCCGUCUCCAGGGGUCGCAUCUUCUCAGGGGCUGUGGACAGCACGGUCAAGGUGUGGCAGUAAGGACAGGUGCCUGGUCAUGUGACUUUGUUACGAGAACAAUUUGUUCUAACUUUGUUUUCUAGAACACCAAGGGCAGCUUUGGAUUAGUACUUUGUUCUACCCAUUUGUUACUAGUACAACGUGUUUAUUGAUUAGUACUUUAGUUACUUCUGUGUAUGUUGAUUAGUACGAUAGCGAUUUCCCAGCAAUAUGUUGACUGGUACUAUGGAUAUGUUUAAAAAAAACAUGUCGAUUAUUACCAUACAUAUGCAACAACACCAUAUGAUGACUAAUAAAAAAGCAACAUAUUGCUGGACAACUAGCCUGUGUUGGUGGUACAUUACCCCCCCCCCUCCUGUAUAAGAUAAAAUACUCAGAUAAGCAUGCAUGUAGGGUAGCAGAUAAUCAUUUCCAGAGAUUAAUUAGAUUUGUUAGACUGAUUAGACUAGAAUCAGAGAUUGAUUAGACUAGUCUCACAAAAGAAACUGCUUUACUUUAAACCUUGCUGAUAAAAUGAAGCAUCUUUGUAUUUACCUUUUUUAUGAGGACUGUGGGUCUGAACUAAUUAGGUAACACAUCCAAGAAGGUUUAGAAUUGUUCACCUUUCUGUGGAUGGUUGAGUGCUGUGUUGUCCUGUUGUUCAGGUCUAAUACUGGCUGGACUCACAAUUAGGUGGCUAAUGUGAUUACCACAAUCAGGUAGCUGAUGUGAUGACCACAAUCAGGUAGCUAAUGUGAUACCUGUGUGGUUUUGUUGUUUUACUGGCUUGAUCUUACACUUAGGACUUCUCUGUGAUCAAAUGACCCUUGUUCUUGUUCAUGCUGAUACCUUAUUUUUAAAUUUAAAAUGGUGUUUUAGAAUUGUUUAAGACAUUUUUUACAAGUCUAUUUAUAAUCUGUUCACUUUACGACAGCUGUUGCCUUAUACACUGGUUGUUUUAUCGUUGUUAACUUGACAUACAUUUGUUUAGAGCUGGCUUGGUCAACAGUAUACCACAGGGCAAGGACGUUUUUCAAUAAGCAAACUGACAUGAAGUCUCUUAUAUAGUCAACUGUGACAUGAAGUCUCUUAUAUAGCCAACUGUGACAUUAAGUCUCUUAUAUAGCCAACUGUGACAUUAAGUCUCUUAUAUAGCCAACUGUGACAUUAAGUCUCUUAUAUAGCCAACUGUGACAUUAAGUCUCUUAUAUAGCCAACUGUGACAUUAAGUCUCUUAUAUAGCCAACUGUGACAUUCAGUCUCUUAUAUAGCCAACUGUGACAUUAAGUCUCUUAUAUAGCCAACUGUGACAUUAAGUCUCUUAUAUAGCCAACUGUGACAUUAAGUCUCUUAUAUAGCCAACUGUGACAUUCAGUCUCUUAUAUAGCCAACUGUGACAUUAAGUCUCUUAUAUAGCCAACUGUGACAUGAAGUCUCUUAUAUAGCCAACUGUGACAUUAAGUCUCUUAUAUAGCCAAC